CAACCAUCGUCAAGUUGCGAUUUUCCACUUCUUGAUUUCGCGGAGCAUAUCUAUACUCUGCUAUGUGAAGCGCCGCUAGCAAAUUCCAAUAUACUGGACAUUCAGAGAAAGAAGAACAUUCGCUCUGCUCUGCUUUGCUAAAUUCAAAAACCUUAGGUGCAUAAGUAUCACGAUGACACUGUCGAUUUUCGUAAACUCAUUUUUGGGAUGAUAGACGCUUCAACAUCGCAACCACCAGCACAACACUCGUUAUGUCGUCGCCUAAGCCUGCCGCCGGCGUAGAGGAACUGGUUACUCAGUCGCCCAAGCCAGAGUCACCGAAACGCGACGGCGCGUCCGAACCUGCGGAGGAGACUUCUGGUCGCGAAUCCGGAGAGGCUUCUGAGGCUUCAGAGUCGCCAGCUGAUCACAACAACGAUGCCGACAAGGAUGCGCCACCUCUUCCAAACGAGCAGACACCUGGUGGACCGCCUUUGCCCAGCGAACCUUUACCUUCUGGACCGCCGCUGCCCGCCGAGCCUGCGCCGCAACAAGAGGAUGACGGUUGGGAUUGUCAGUGGGACCCAAACACACAGGCCUGGUUCUUUGUGAAUCGCUUCACUGGUAAGUCUCAGUGGGAUAACCCGCGAGUCGCCACAAGCGCUGCCGCACCGGCCGCUCCAGGUGUUCCCCAACCCCCAGCAUCAGAGAAACCUGCAGCUGGAGGUUACAACCCAGCCAUCCACGGCGACUACGACCCGAACGCCUGGUACGCCCAAGGCAACAACCCAGAUGACCAAACCGCAACCACAAGCGCCACCGCCCUUGACCCUGCCGAGGUGUACGCCUCAACAGCUACGUUUAAUCGCUUUACCGGCCAGUUCCAAACAGCAGAUGCAGGACCCGAGCGCCACAGCGAUGAGGCCAAGUCUAAGCGCCAGAUGAAUGCCUUCUUCGACGUUGAAGCCGCCGCCAAUUCCCACGACGGUCGCAGCUUAAAGGCCGAGCGUUCAGGGAAGAAGCCUUCCAAGGCGGAGCUCAAGCAGUUCAAGGAAAAGAGACGAGCUCGCAAGGAGGAGAAGCGUCGCGCUUGGCUCCGAGACUGAGUCGGUAGAAACAAAUUUCAUAUCUUCGCAUAUCAAAUGGCAUCAACCCUGGGAGGCGUUAUUCUUGGUAGGAGUUGGCGGCCGUUUCUGGAUUUGGUUGGGGAAGUGACUGCUACGAUACGUAGGGACGGCGUUGGAUGCAGACAUUAAACAAGUAUACGAAGGCUAGAGAUCGAGGGAUCAGGCCCUUUAAAUUAUAUACCCCAAUAAAUUCUCUUGACAAUUA